AAAACUCUCUUGAGAGAGAGUAUCCUCCGAUUGUCGACCCACCACCUAUUUUGCGCUAACGCCACGAGAAUGACCGUGUUGGGGCUCACCUAAGUGUCCUAAGUGAUUGUUUGCUGCAUAUCGCGGAAGAUAUGCACACUGUGUUCUGCGUGCCUGCCUCCAUCUACCUUUUGCUCAUUAUCACCCCCUACACGACUUCCUGGUGGGCUGUUGGCAGUCAUUUGGUAAUGGAUCCAAAUCAAACCUGUAAGAGAGCAAGAUGGGCACGCGGAAAAAUGGCAGAUAUCUGUCACAAUAAACCAGGAUUGUUAAAUCAAAUAGCCAAAGGUAUAGCUCUUGGUCAAACUGAAUGCCAAUACCAGUUUAGGUAUAGAAGAUGGAACUGUACGUCCGCAAGAAGAAGCAUUAAAAAAGUUAUGUUAAUGGAUACUAGGGAAACUGGUUUUGUGAAUGCCAUUAUCGCAGCAGGUAUCACCUUUCAAGUAACAAGGGCCUGUACGAGAGGAGAGCAAAUUGGUUGUUCCUGUUCAAAGAGAAAACGGAGGAAAAAUAAUCGAAGAAAGAAUCCACCGUUGCCCGAAGGGGACUGGGAGUGGGACGGUUGUGGGGAGAACAUAGAAUACGGGAUGAAGAAAUCCAAAGAUUUCUUGGAUACCAGAUACAGAAGAAGAAGUAGUGAUAUGAAAACAUUAGUGAAAUUACACAAUUAUGUAGCGGGACGGUUGGCUGUCAAAAACAACAUGGUAACCGUCUGCAAAUGCCACGGUCUCUCCGGCUCCUGCACGCUAAAGACCUGCACUAGAAGAAUGCCGUCAUUUCGAGAAGUGGGUAACAGACUUAAGGAACGAUUUGAUGGAGCGGCAAAAGUAAUAGCCGGCAACGACGGCCAAAGUUUCAUGCCCAAAGGAGAGACGAUUAAGCCACCGGGUCGAGGAGACUUGGUUUACUCGGAGGAAUCUCCGUCUUUUUGUAUUCCCAACAACACGUUGGGUUCAUUUGGGACGCAGGGAAGAGUAUGCAACGAUACUUCUCAAGGAGAAGAAGGCUGUGGAAUAUUGUGCUGCGGAAGAGGCUAUGCGACGCACACGGAAGAAGUAAAAGUUAAUUGUAACUGUACUUUUAGAUAUUGCUGUGAAGUUCAGUGUGAUACUUGUAAGGUAACGAAGAGAGUGAAUACUUGUUUGUGAGAGGAUUUUAGAGUUGCGACUGUUUAAUAAUAAGUUUAGUGAGUUUAACCAGCAAAAUUUGUUUGUAAUGUUUUAGGUAGC